AUAUUGAUCAGACCCAAUAUAACGCCAGCCAGACCAGCUGAAGCAGGAAGGACAACUGCCGCAGCUCCAGCAGAAGAACUCGACGAAGCCGAUGAAGAAGCCAUCAAACGAGUAGCUGUAGAAUCACCAGUCGAAGCAGACGAACCUCUAGUACUCAACGAACUUGAAGUUCUUUCUUGGGUUGAAGAAAUUGCAGAACUUGAUGCAGAGUCCGAGGAAGUAGCGUUGCCAUUAACGAUGCCACCAAUCAAUCCGGUUGUCGGAAAAUCGCUGGUAGACUUCGAUAUUGAGCUAGAAAUCGAACUCGGCACUGGCACCAUUCCAGUUGCGGUUGCUGCGGCUGAGGAGAUGAAGUCCAAAGCUGCGGAGACCAGGGAGGAUUCGGCCGCGAGGUUGACAGAGGCU